AAACGGAAUCUUCGCGCAUGCGCAGUCGGGGACCCCGCCGCGUCCGUGAUGGAGGCCGCGAAGAUCGUAGCGGCCUUGAGCGGCACCAUCGACUCGAACCAGCGCGCGGCGGCCGAGGCUGAGCUCGACAAUGCCUGUAAGAUCAACGAGUUCGCUCCCAUGCUGCUACAGAUCGUCAUGUCGGAAGCCGUUGAUCUGUCCGUGCGGCAAGCAGGCGCCAUCUACCUGAAGAACAGCGUCAGCCAGUUCUGGGAGGAGCGCAAUGUGGCGGCGGCGGUGGCGGCGGGCGAGGUGGCACCGUUCUGCUUUCCCGAGGCCGACCGCGCCAAGAUCCGCGAGGUCAUCGUGGAGGCCAUCCUGCACGCGCCCGACAUUAUCCGGGUGCAGCUCACGACGUGCAUCAACCACAUGAUCAAGAACGACUACCCGAGCCGGUGGCCCGGCGUCAUUGACAAGAUGAGCCUCUAUCUGCAGGGCGAUGACAGCCGCUUCUGGCUGGGCAGCCUGCUCUGUCUGUACCAGCUCGUGAAGCUAUACGAGUACAAGAAGACGCAGGAGCGAAUGCCAAUGCUUGCUUCCAUGCAGCUCUUCAUGCCCGUGCUACAGCAGCGCUUUGUGCAGCUGCUGGCCGACUCGUCAGAGCAGUCCCUGCUCAUCCAGAAGCAGAUCCUGAAGAUCUUCUAUGCGCUCGUGCAGUACUCCCUUCCUCUGGAGCUGGUCAACCAACACACGCUCACGCAGUGGAUGGAGAUCUUCCGAGCGGUCGUGGACCGUGAUGUUCCCCCGGAGGCGCAUAACAUCGACGAGGAUGAGCGGCCAGAGCUCGCCUGCUGGAAGUGUAAAAAGUGGGCCAUGCACAUCCUUGCCCGACUCUUUGAAAGGUACGGCAGUCCGGGCACAGUGUCCAAGGAGUACGGAGAGUUUGCAGAGUUCUUCCUGAAGGCAUACGCUGUCGGCAUCCUGCAGGUUCUGCUCAAGGUACUGGAGCAGUACGUGCAGAAGCGGUACGUGCCGCCGCGCGUGCUGCAGCAGACGCUCAACUUCCUCAAGCAGGCCGUGGCCCACGCCCUCACGUGGAGAACGCUCAAGGCCCACAUGCAGACGGUGGUGCAAGAGGUGAUCUUUCCGCUCAUGUGCUACACGGACGAAGACGACGAGCUUUGGAAUGACGAUCCUUACGAGUACAUCCGCUUGAAGUUUGACGUCUUUGAGGAUUUCAUUUCUCCGACCACCGCGGCACAGACUCUGCUGUACUCUGCCGCUAGCAAGCGGAAGGGGGUGCUCGAGAAGACCAUGGGCUUCUGCCACCAGCUCCUGACGAACCCCGCGAGUGACCCGCGCAGGAAGGACGGUGCGCUGCACAUCAUUGGCUCACUCGCCGAGGUCCUGCUCAAGAAGAAGCAGUACAAGGGGCAGCUGGAGAUGAUGCUGCAGAGUUUUGUCUUCCCGCUGUUCAGCUGCGAGCUGGGAUACAUGAGGGCUAGGGCGUGCUGGGUGCUGCACUCGUUCAGCGACGUGCGCUUCACCAGCGAGCUGAAUCUGCGCAAUGCCCUGGAGCUCACGCGCAAGUGCCUCAUCGAGGACAACGAGCUGCCCGUCAAGGUGGAGGCCGCCAUCGCCCUGCAGGUGCUCGUCUGCAGCCAGGACAAAGCCAAGGACUACUUGAAGGCGUUCAUCGGGCCGGUGAUGCAGGCCCUGCUGUACAUCAUUCGCGAGACAGAGAACGACGACCUGACCAACGUGGUGCAAAAGAUGAUCUGCGAGUACAGCGAGGAGGUGACGCCCAUCGCCGUGGAGAUGACGCAACACCUGGCGAUGACGUUCACCAAGCUCAUCUCGAACAACAACAACGACGACGGCAAUGAGGAGAAGGCCAUCACGGCCAUGGGCAUCCUCAACACCAUCGACACCAUCCUCACCGUGAUGGAGGACCACAAGGAGAUCACGCAGCAGUUGGAGGGAAUCUGCCUGCAUGUGAUUGGAUCAGUCAUGCAGCAGCACAUCAGUGAGUUCUACGAGGAGGUGCUGUCGCUGGCGUACAGCCUCACGUGCCAGGUGGUGUCGCCCCAGAUGUGGCAGCUGCUGCCCAUGCUGUUCGAAGUCUUUCAACAAGACGGGGAUGACUGCUUCACAGAGAUGAUGCCCGUGCUGCACAACUAUGUGACGGUGGACACGGACACUCUGCUCGCCAACCCCAAGUACUUGGAGGUCAUGUACAGCAUGUGCAAGAAGAUCCUGACGAGCGACGCCGGGGAGGACGCCGAAUGCCACGCCGCGAAGCUCCUCGAGGUCAUCCUCCUGCAGUGCCACGGUCGUGGCAUCGAGCAGUGCAUGCCUCUGUUUGUGGAGGCGGCACUCGAGAGGCUGACGCGGGAAGUGAAAACGAGCGAGCUACGCACCAUGUGCCUCCAGGUGGUGAUUGCUGCCCUCUACUGCAGCCCCACGCUGCUGCUCAGCACCCUAGACAACAUGCACUUCCCGGCCAGCAGCCUGCCCGUCACGGCGCACUUCCUCAACCAGUGGCUCAACGACACCGACUGCUUCCUGGGGCUGCACGACCGCAAGUUGAGCGUGCUGGGGCUGUGCUCGCUGCUGCAGCUGGAGCGGCGGCCAGAGAUGGUGAUGGCGGCCGCCCCGCGGCUGCUGCCGUCGCUGCUCAUGCUCUUCCAGGGUCUGAAGCGCGCGUACGCCUCGCGUGCCGAGGAUGAGGACAGCGACGACGACGACGAUGAUGACGACAAUGAUGAGGAAGAUGACAACGUGGAGCUGGGCAGCGACGAGGAUGACGUGGACGAGUCGGGCCAGCGCUUCCUGGACACGCUGACCAAGAAGGCGAGCGGUGACGACGUGGCCUGCGAGGACGACGACGACGACGACGACGAAUGGGACGACGACGGCACGGAGGAGACGGCGCUCGAGGGCUUCUCGACGCCGCUGGACGAGGAGACCUGCGAGGUGGACGAGUAUCAGGUGUUCAAGGUCACCCUGCAGAGCAUCGAGAGCCAAGACCCAGCCUGGUACCAGGCCCUGACCACUGGGCUCACGGAUGAGCAGCGAAAAGCCAUCCUGGACGUGCUAACGACAGCCAACCAGCGCCAGGCUGCUGCAGAGUCGAAGAAGAUAGAAAAGGCUGGUGGGUACAAGUUUGAUAAUCUGAACGUGCCUACUACCUUUAACUUUGGGGGGCCCGGCGCUGCUCCCAACUGAAUUUGUUUGGAUUCGUAACUUUAAAUAAUACAAACAACCCCCCCCCCCCGACCCCCAACAAACUGACAAUUUUGAACGUGGAAGUUGAAAAGAAGCCUCAACACUCGCCCUAUGGUCCAUUCGCAACAACCGGAUUUUCGACACUCACAUUGCAUACCGCAUGAAGGAAGAAUUUAAAGGACAAUAGUUGUGGCAGGAAAAAAAGGUAAAUUCAUAUUUAACUCUUCACUUGGCGUUCAUUCAGCUGUGAGUGCUUAGAGGAAGCCAGGACAUGUGAAAAGGGAUUUUUCUUGAAAUAAGACUGUGAUUGUUCAUGUUGCCAAGGACUUGUUGAUUGUGUAAAGUUGUCACGAACCCAUCCCUGCUCCGGAGAUAGGGCUUGUAUCAGAGCUGGAUAUCGAUAUUUACGGUAUGGUUUGUUUAGUUUACACAGAUGUCAGAGGCACGCACGUUGCAAAUGGGGGAUAUAGUGUGCUUUAGUUGCUUGUUAUGGGAAAACAGUUGCAUUAAAAUAGAAAAUGUUCAAAAUGAAAUGAACAGAAUUUCACCUUAAACUCUCCAUUUUUUGUUUGCUCCAUUUGUAACAAAAGGCCCAGGUUACAAUGACUGUUACAUCUGAAAGUGUUGAUUGUCCGCUGUGGUGAACUGUUAGAAUGAUGCAGAGAAAUGUUCUCUAUGGAGUUCCCGAUUUACAUGCUGCUUGCGUUUCACUCCCGAGCAUUCACUCAUUUUUCAGGGCUGGCCUGUGCGGCGGUCCUCUGUACUCGUACACAAUUUGUCGAGCCCAUUGCUGCUCGGAUGGGGAGUGCAUCCGCCGAGAGUCGCGCGAUUGCCCCUUCGCACCCGGCUUAAUCCUGUGGGUGUACCAACCGUAAUUAUACACGGCCCGCCUUCGCUGUGGAUGUUUAACCCUUUACCAUUGCGAUGACAUAAGUGUACGCCAUAAAUUUUUAUUUCCCAUUCUGGUCUGAUGACAUUAAUGUCAUCGGACCGGAAUUCGGAAGUAAAAGACCAUGCGGGGGGGGAGGGCAUGUGGCACAGUUUGGCGCCAACUUUCAGAGUGCGGUUGUGUCGCAACAGUUUUCUUCGGUGAGUACAAAGUCUUUAAAAACAGCGGCGCUACGCCUUUCUAAAUUAAAUUAUCGACUGAAUCGCUUGCGCGUUCCGAGAUUGAGCGGUGAAUGCGACCCACCCUGCAACUUGCAGACAUCUAGGAUCGGGAAAGGGUGAAGAUAUCCGUGACAUUCGAAACUGAGCAGCCCAUGUCCGCCAAGGUCGUGGUACAAAUUCAAAACAAUUAACUGUUGACUGCUCUGUCGUCGUUGCCGACGAAUUCCCUGGGAUAAAUUACCAGCAGGGCUUUGGAAUGAUCAGAGAUGAGAUGAUCGUGUAAGGUGCUUUUUGAGUUGUCGGUGUUCAAUCAGGCGCCCUAUAAAAGCAAAGCCUUAUCAUUGACCUCGCGCUGUGCCUCAACCCACAUUGGGGAAAAUACGUCUGGCGAUAGUCGUGUGACGUGCCACCGUCGAGAGAAACUGGGCACCGCUCUGCAAUAUGGGUACAGGCGUGUUGCGCACAGAGACGAGUCUCAAUCGGUUUUCCCACCGAGUCCAAAUUCACGAGGUGGCCUUCGGUGAAGGUUGAAGGGAGCUUUACGG